AUGAUUCCAAAAAUCUGUGACCCUGGGAAUCACGAUCCAGAGUUCCCUGAGUGCCCUGUUAGGGUGAAGGAGUUUGAAGUAGGAAGGAUCAGGGCUGUCGAGAAGGUCUCCUAUGCAGAGGCAGUGAAAAUUGUUGAAGCAGCGAGUAAAGAUGAUGAAGCUAUGGCAGUGGAUGCCCAACAGUCUGUGGAUGUCGGUCAGUUGAGAGAAUCGUGAAAAAGAGCCUGUGUAGGGAUCUGAGUACAUUUGACUAAGUGAAGGAGUACAUUGACCUUUGUUUUUUUGGGAAUAAUAUGAGUGUUUUUUAUUUAUUUUUAUAUAUAAAUACAGUACCAGUCAAAUGUUUGGACACACCUACUCAUUCUAGGGUUUUUCUUUAUUUUUACUAUUUUCUACAUUGUAGAAUAAUAGUGAAGACAUCAAAACUAUGAAAUUACACAUACUAAAUAUAUUUUAGAUUUUAGAUUCUUCAAAGUAGCCACCCUUUGCCUUGAUGACAGCUUUGCACAAUCUUGGCAUUCUCUCAACCAGCUUCACCUGGAAUGCUUUUCCAACAGUCUUGAAGGAGUUCCCACAUAUGCCGAGCACUUGUUGGCUCCCUUUCCUUCACUCUGCGGUCCAACUCAUCCCAAACCAUCUCAAUUGGGUUGAGGUCGGGUGAUUGUGGAGGCCAGUUUAUUUUACAUUUACAUUUACAUUUACAUCAUUUAGCAGACGUUCUUAUCCAGAGCGACUUACAAAUUGGUGCAUUCACCUUAUAGCCAGUGGGAUAACCACUUUACAAUAUGGUUUUUUUCUUUCUUUGGGGUGGGGUAAGGGGGGGGGUAGAAGGAUUACUUUAUCCUAUCCCAGGUAUUCCUUAAAGAGGUGGGGUUUCAAGUGUCUCCGGAAGGUGGUGAGUGACUCCGCUGUCCUGGCGUCGUGAGGGAGCUUGUUCCACCAUUGGGGUGCCAGAGCAGCGAACAGUCCCGACUGGGCUGAGCAGGAACUGCGCUUCCGCAGAGGUAGGGGGGCCAGCAGGCCAGAGGUGGAUGAACGCAAUGCCCUCGUUUGGGUGUAGGGACUGAUCAGAGCCUGAAUGUACAGAGGUGCCGUUCCCCUCACAGCUCCAUAGGCAAGCACCAUGGUCUUGUAGCAGAUGCGAGCUUCAACUGGAAGCCAGUGGAGUGUGCGGAGGAGCGGGGGUGACUUGAGAGAACUUGGGAAGGUUGAACACCAGACGGGCUGCGGCAUUCUGGAUGAGUUGUAGGGGUUUAAUGGCACAGGCAGGGAGCCCAGCCAACAGCGAGUUGCAGUAAUCCAGACGGGAGAUGACAAGUGCCUGGAUUAGGACCUGUGCCGCUUCCUGUGUAAGGCAGGGUAGUACUCUCCGAAUGUUGUAGAGCAUGAACCUACAGGAUCGGGUCACCACCUUGAUGUUAGCGGAGAACGAAAGGGUGUUGUCCAGGGUCACGCCAAGGCUCUUCGCACUCUGGGAGGAGGACACAACGGAGUUGUCAACCGUGAUGGCGAGAUCAUGGAACGGGCAGUCCUUCCCGGGGAGGAAGAGCAGCUCCGUCUUGCCGAGGUUCAGCUUGAGGUGGUGAUCCGUCAUCCACACUGAUAUGUCUGCCAGACAUGCAGAGAUGCGAUUCACCACCUGGUUAUCAGAAGGGGGAAAGGAAGAAGAUUAGUUGUGUGUCGUCUGUGUAGCAAUGAUAGGAGAGGCCAUGUGAGGAUAUGACAGAGCCAAGUGACUUGGUGUAUAGCGAGAAUAGGAGAGGGCCUAGAACUGAGCCCUGGGGGACACCAGUGGUGAGAGCACGUGGUGCGGAGACAGAUUCUCGCCAUGCCACUUGGUAGGAGCGACCGGUCAGGUAGGACGCAAUCCAAGAGUGAGCCGCGCCGGAGAUGCCCAACUCGGAGAGGGUGGAGAGGAGGAUCUGAUGCAGCACUCCAUUACUCUCCUUCAUGGUCAAAUAGCCCUUACACAGCCUGGAGGUGUGUUGGGUCAUUGUCCUGUUGAAAAACAAAUCAUAGUCCCACUAAGCGCACACCAGAUGGGAUGGCGUAUCGCUGCAGAAUGCUGUGGUAGCCAUGCUGGUUAAGUGUGCCUUGAAUUCUAAAUAAAUCACAGACAGUGUCUCCAGCAAAGCACCCCACACCAUCACACCUCUUCCUGCAUGCUUCACGGUGGGAACCACACAUGCGGAGAUCAUCCGUCCACCUACUCUACGUCUCACAAAGACACGGCGGUUGAAACCAAAAAUCUCACAUUUUGACUCAACAGACCAAAGGGCAUAUUUCCACCGGUCUAUUAUCCAUUGCUCAUUGUUCUUGGCCCAAGCAAGUCUCUUCUUCUUAUCGGUGUCCUUUAGGAGUGGUUUCUUUGCAGCAAUUCGACUAUGAAGGCCUGAUUCACACAGUCUCCUCUGAACAGUUGAUGUUGAGAUGUGUCUGUUACUUGAACUCUGUGAAGCAUUUAUUUGGGCUGCAAUUUCUGAGGCUGGUAACUCUAAUGAACUUAUCCUCUGCAGCAGAGGAGACUCUGGGUCUUCCUUUCCUGUGGCGGUCCUCAUGAGAGCCAGUUUUAUCAUAUCUCUUGAUGGUUUUUGCGACUGCACUUGAAGAAACUUUCAAAGUUCUUGACAUUUUCCGGAUUCACUGACCUUCAUGUCUUAAAUAAUGAUGGACUGUCAUUUCUCUUUGCUUAUUUGAGCUGUUCUUGCCAUAAUAUGGACUUGGUCUUUUACCAAAUAGGGCUAUCAUCUGUAUACCAACCCUACCUUGUCACAACACAACUAAUUGGCUCAAACUCAUUAAGAAGGAAAGAUAUUCCACAAAUUAACUUUUAACAAGGCACACCUGUUAAUUGAAAUGCAUUCCAGGUGACUACUUCAUGAAGCAGGUUGAGAGAAUGCCAAGAGUGUGCAAAGCUGUCAUCAAGGCAAAGGAUGGCUACUUUGAAGAAUCUCAAAGCUCAAAUAUAUUUUGAUUUGUUUAACACUUUUUUGGUUACUACAUGAUUCCAUAUGUGUUAUUUCAUAGUUUUGACAUCUUCACUAUUAUUCUACAAUGUAGAAAAUAGUGAAAAUAAAGAAAAACCCUUGAAUGUGUAGAUGUGUCCAAACUUUUGACUGGUACUGUAUGUAUUUAUUUUUUAUCAAAUAAAAAUACAUCGUUAAAGUAUCUGCUUUCAUUUCACCCAGUAGGUGGCGCCAACACACUUCUUUGGAUGUAAUCCGCCAAUAAAACCUUAAGAAGAAGAAGAAUCUGUGACCCGGAUGUACUUAGUUAUCCUUGCCUGCUUCACAGCGGUCGGGAUUUCCGCAAUAUCAAGGAUGGCGAAGACAUACGAUUAUUUGUUUAAAUUACUGUUAAUCGGAGAUUCUGGUGUCGGGAAGACAUGCGUGUUGUUCAGGUUCUCAGAGGAUGCCUUUAACUCCACAUUCAUCUCCACCAUAGGUAGGUGUGACUUUGGUUAGCCACACAAUGCCAUGUUUACAAAACCUAUGUCAGUACCGCAGAAAGCAGCUAGUUUAUAAUAAUAUGCCAUUUAGCAGACGCUUUUAUCCAAAGCGAUUUACAGUCAUGCGUGCAUACAUUUUUGUGUAUGGGUGGUCCUGGGGAUCGAACCCACUACCUUGGCGUUACAAGCGCCGUGCUCUACCAGCUGAGCUACAGAGGACCAGUUUAUUGUCCUAUGAUUAUUGAGCAACGGACUACAUAAAGUUAGUUAGCUAACUGAUUAUCUACAAUCACACUGAAUAAAGUGUAAAGUUACAACGGCAUUGACGUUGUUAGCUGUAGUGCAUAGCUAUAUCUACUCAACAUUUUAACUAGCUAGCUAUAAAGCUAAUGCUAGCUAACGUUAAGUAGAGACUUUAGAUUGCUAGCCUGUUUUUCAACUUUCUGAACUUUCUGUAGUUUACUAGCUAAUAGUUAGCCCUACUAUCUAACAUAAGCUACCUCUAAAUGAGCUAGCUAAAUCCAAACUAUCAAGUGCUAUCUACUGGCCAAAUAUAUUUAUAACUAACCCAAGAUAGUUCAUCUGUGUCGUUUACAGUGGGAGCAAAUGAAGCAUAUUGGGCAGAACAAGCAAGGAGAUGGGCAGAGCCAGGCAUGAGCUAGCGAGAUCCUAUUGGCGCGUUGUAUUUGAAUAUGUCUGCGUUAGAGAGCUUCCUCUGUGAAGUGGGCGUGUGCACAACAACGCAAUGUUUAUACUUUGACUAAGCGUCAAGUCUAUACAAGUUAGUGCACUGUGUUCGUAACAGAUUCUAGUUUUGGGAACAGAAAAAUGUAUUAAGAUCAGAUGAGAAAAUGUGCAGAAUGUCGCCACAGUUUCACCUAGUUCCAUCCUCUCCCACUACCCGCGGCUGGACUUCCUCUCAAUACCAUAUUUAGUGGUGACAACGUUCGAAAUUGAUAUUUCAGGUUAUAGCCCCUGCGACGUGUCUGGGUAGCGGUAUGUUCAUAACUGUACAGCAAUGUAGCUAAAUCGCUUUUAGCCUGGCAGCUAGUUAGCAAUGGGAAAGGUAAAAAACAUAAUUCAUGGCAUAUUAUUCAGCUAGUUAACAGUUUGGCUAGCUUACCCUGGAUGCUGUUGAUGCCACAUAUCAUAAACAUUCACCCUUUACCUUUUUAUUGUAUAGGAAGUUGUAGAUAGAGCUACUGUAUGCUACUAGAGAUUAGUCAUACUAUUGUGUUUAAUGGCUAGGUAUCUAAUUUCAUAUUCCCUGUCCCUCUUAUUCUUCUCCCGUAGGCAUUGACUUUAAGAUUAGAACAAUAGAACUAGAUGGCAAGAAGAUUAAGUUACAGAUAUGGUAAGUUGUGUCCUUUUCAUGCACUUUUCCAUGAGCAUCAAGACUGCUUUCAUACAGAGAGGAGAAGGGGUAGGCCUAGGCUACACCCAAAGCAUUUUGCCUUGCAGUUAUAGCUAGGUAACUAUCCUGGAGGAUAUUAAUAAUGUCCAUGUAAUUCAGCUGAUUGUUGUCCUCCCAUGUGUCUUUUGCAGGGACACAGCAGGACAGGAGCGUUUUAGAACAAUCACGACAGCAUACUACAGAGGAGCAAUGGUGGGUAAACACAACUUCUUCCUCGAGGCAUUGACUCAACAUUGAGGAUUUGACUUCCGGUUUUCCAUCCUCUGACGUUUCAUUGUCUCACAUCUCUCUGCAGGGUAUCAUGCUAGUCUACGACAUCACCAACGAAAAGUCCUUCGACAACAUCAAGAACUGGAUACGGAACAUAGAGGAGGUAUGUUUGCUUAAAUUUAUAUUUUAUUAUGUUAUAUUCUUAACACGACCCACAUACUGACUGGCUAGUAGUUCUCUCGUAGCUCCCCUGUAGCUCAGUUGGUAGAGCAUGGCGCUUGCAACGCCAGGGUUGUGGGUUCGUUUCCCACGGGGGGCCAGUAUGAAAAUGUAUGCACUCACUAACUGUAAGUCGCUCUGGAUAAGAGUGUCUGCUAAAUGACUAAAAUGUAAAUGUUUAAUCUGUCAAAGCCAACAGUAUGUAGUAUUUGUUUGUAUCAUAGUAUUAAACCACUCUUAUCUUAUCUUCUCCGUAGCAUGCAUCGGCUGAUGUUGAGAAGAUGGUUCUUGGUAACAAAUGUGACAUCAACGACAAACGGCAGGUGUCCAAAGAAAGAGGAGAGAAGGUAAGUUCUGCUGCAAUCAUGUAAUGAAUCACAAGCCGAAUGUCAUUUUUGGUGAGUUUGGACAUUUACAAGCAAAUGUGAAUGAGAGACAUUGUGCAAAUUAACAAAGUUUUGACGCAUGCUUGUCUGAAGGAAGAACAGUACUGGCUCUGGUGCAGCAUGUGCACACGCUGUGUCUUGUCUGUCUGGAGUGGCUAGGGCAACAGGCCUGCCAGAUCUGCUCAGUGAAGAGGGGGGAGGACCAGACGUGCCGAGAAUGGAGAGGAGAAGAAACACAAGGAAAUCAAGAUAGCAGUGGCAGCUGUACAGAUAACUCAUCCAAAGGGCUUUGACUUCUCAAACACGGCAGAGAGAUAACACUAUAUGAUGCCCGGUCUCCUUAUUAAUUCAGCCACUUACUUAGAUAACGCAACUAAGUUUAACUUGCUAGUUAACACAGAAUUCUGUGUUUUUCACGCAUAAAAAAAGUGAACGCAUAAGGAAUAUCUGGCUGCGUUUUGUAAAUGCAGAUCUAAAAUGCUUCAUAUUGUAAUUUCUGCUCGGCAUCAGACACAUUUUUUUCUUCAGUUGCACUUCUCCGCUCGGAUGAGAAUUCACAAACGGCAUUGUAUCAGCAGACCAUGCUCUGACUGAUGUGUAUCUACUUUUCUUUCGGUACUUUUCUAGGUGUAUCCUACUUUUCUCCUGUAAAAUGCAAGAUGAACUUUAAGCAAAACAUUAGGAAAUGUAGCUGGCUACAUCUAUGGAAAACAGAACUAUGAUGGUCAUUCAUUGUUUUUGCAAAAAUACCUUGCUUUUUCAUUCUAAGCUCAUUUAUUUGUGUGGCUGCCAGCAAAAUAGCGUUGCACUUCUGUUGUCAUCUGAUGAAAAUGAAGCUAUUUUCUGCCGAAUGUGUUGCACUAAUGUAUUUUCUGUGAAGUAACUAUAAUUGCACGCCCCUGAUCACUCUAAAAACACUGACUUUCAAUAUAAAACGCGACCCCUGUCAAUUCACAGCUGGACUCACCUGCUCCUAUUUUUUAUUUAUUUUUACAAAACAAAGGCUACAGUUUCAGAAAGCAUCAGAUAUAGCAAAAACGAUGGAUAGAGGAAUUAUCCCCCCACAACUUUCCGCAGCACGGAAGUGCGGCCCUCCAGACUUCGGUGAAGACCAGGCAAAAUAAAUUCAGAGGUCCCUGAUGUAGAGUCAAAGCAUUACUCCCCUCUUUUCUCAGCUGGCGUUAGAGUAUGGUAUCAAGUUCAUGGAGACCAGUGCAAAGGCCAAUAUCAAUGUGGAAAACGUGUUUUUGACGCUUGCCAGAGACAUCAAAUCAAAGAUGGACACAAAAUUAGUAAGUUCAACCUCCCUUUUCUCCUACCUUUUCUGUAUGAACAAUACAUUAUAGUUCAAUAAUGACUUAGGUUUGAAGAAGGAACUUUAAGAAUGUCCAAAAAUUAAAUGCUGGACAUAUAUUUAAAAAUAAACUGUGUGUCUUUGUUCCAGGAGGGCAACAGUCCCCAGGGGAGCAGCCACGGGGUAAAGAUCUCAGAGCCCCAGAAGAAGAUCAGCUUCUUCCCCUGUGCCCUACUGUGAGGACCUGACCAAGGUUACAUCCCAAAUGGCACCCUAUUCCCUAUAUAGUGCAAUACCUUUGACCAUUGCCUAUAGGGCUCUGGUCAAAAGUAGUGCGCUA